AUGUUUCGACUCGACGACCGCGCAAUUCAAUAUCCUUUCGCCAGCGUCCAGCGUGUGUCUUCGAAAGAGAAUACCCUCCUUGCCGGGGCAGCACCGCUGGUGGUCUUGGUUUUCUGGGCAGUGAUAGCAAGACCCGGCGUGUACAAGGCGCAUGUCACCAUUCUGGGACUAUUCUUUAGCGUAUACCUUGCUGCGCUUAUUACAGAUAUCAUUAAAAAGGCUAUAGGUCGCCCUCGUCCCGACUUGAUAGCCCGAUGUCAGCCAAAGAGAGGAACGCCGACCGACAUUUUAGUCACCGUUGCUGUCUGCACGCAGCCCGAUCUUGAUUUGCUUCUAGAUGGCUGGCGCAGUUUUCCGAGCGGGCACAGUAGCUGGGCCUUUUCAGGCCUGGGAUAUUUCAGCUUGUUUUUGGCUGGUCAAUUGCACAUCUUUCGACCACGGCCUCAUCUGGCGAGUAUUCUCAUUUUCCUGGCACCGCUAAUUUGCGCGGCUCUGGUGGCCAUGUCGCGGCUAGCAGAUUAUCGACAUGACCUGUACGAUGUCUCUUGCGGCAGUCUUCUGGGCUUGGUGGUCGCAUAUACAACAUAUCGACGAGAUUAUCGACCACUCACACAUCCAGAGUGUGAUACGCCAUACCCUAGGCGGACUGAGUACUCUCUGGCCUGGGAAACGACUUCUUGUCAAUCUGGUGCCCCAGAGCGGGAACCCGCACCCGAAAACCUCCAAGACGUCGAGCUGCUUGAGACUUCCCACGUCAACAACGAUCAUGCCAGCGGUCGUGAUGACAUAGAACUGGGCUACUUUAUUGACCGGCCCCCAAAAGACGAUGUGAUGCGCACACAGAGUCGCCCAUCAAGACGCUCUUUAAAGCUCCAAAUUCCUGAGAAUCCGUCCGCCCAUGAGCGCUUUUCGAGAAAGAGUGUUUGGGUAGGCCGUCAUGUGGCCUCGAGGUUCCGAAGACUUACAAUCCGGGGUGCAAAGAACUUUUCCCCACUAAAAGUGGCCUUGACGCUGUUAGGAGUGGUCCAAGGUCUCUCAUCCCUGAACAGCCUUCUUGAGGCGUUGUUUCCGGAUGGCCUAGAUCUGAUCUCAGGCCCUUUCAAGCCGCCGCUUCGACUGGAGGACGGCAGCUUAGAACGCCUCACCGCCGGGGUUCAGCCCAUCAUGUGUCAUUCUCAUAACGACUAUUUUCACGCCGAGCCUCUAUACCAAGCCAUUCGGGCGGGGUGUACCAGCGUCGAAGCCGACCUCUGGCAUAUAGACGGUGAACUCUACGUCGCGCACACAAUACCCGGCAUACGCCAGGAUCGGACCCUGAAAAGCCUAUACCUGGAUCAACUACAGGACAUCCUCGACUAUCAGAAUCGGAUCCCAGAAUUUAUUGGAUCUGCCUCAGAUGAAGUCCACGGCGUUUUUGCGGCCGAUCCAAAGCAGUCGCUCACCUUGCUCGUGGACUUUAAAAACGAUCCCACCAUGAUAUGGCACCGUCUAUCGGCCGACAUUGCACCCUUGCGUGAACGCAACUACUUGACUUAUUUCGACGGAACGACGGUUGUGCCUGGGCCAGUCACCAUUGUCGCAACGGGAAACGCACCGUUUGAUCGUGUCGUAGCAAACUCGACCUACCGAGAAAUUUUCUACGAUGCGCCUCUGGGUCUAAUGUCGCCUUUGUUCUUGUCAGCACAGGCGCUACCGUCGACGACUUUCCCUGCCGUCUCCUUGGCCCCGUCAUCCUCUCCCUCGACCGACCCACACGAUCAUGAUCAUGACAUCUCUUCCCCUCCUGAGAACCCAGACAUCUACUCUUCGACCAAUUCUUAUUUCGCUUCGGCGUCCUUUGUUAAAUCCAUCGGGCAUCCAUGGCACUCUUCUCUAUCCCAACUCCAACUCGAACGUCUCCGCAAACAAAUUCACGGCGCCCAUGCUCGCGGCCUCAAGGUCCGAUAUUGGGGUAUCCCCCCCUGGCCAGUUGGGGUUCGGAACUAUAUUUGGCGUGUACUGGUCCGGGAGGGUGUCGACUACUUGAGCAUCGACAAUAUUGAUGCUGCGACAAAGGAGAAUUGGGGUCCAAGGAAGGGCGGAUGGGGUAAAAAGUGGUGGCGAUAG